CUCAUGGGGAUGCAAGGAUGUAGAGGAGCAAAGGGGGAGAAGAGGCCUCGUGAGGAGAGGUGGUGUGAGAGCCGCGGAGGUGCCGGCCAAGGAAGGGCGCAUGGAGAGACGGGCGGUGCGACCGGCCGGGUGCUGGCCAUUCAGGCCCGAAAGCGGAGGCCGAAAAGAGAGAAACAUCCGAAAAAGGUAUGACUUUCCUAAUGGCCAAGAGCCUUUUUUGGUGUGCUGCAGUUUGGAUUUAUGUGAAAUCAAGCAGAAGAUUGAGCUGCUGAUGUCAGUUAACUCUGAGAAGUCGUCCUCUUCAGAAAGGCCGGAGCCUCAACAGAAAGCUCCCUUGGUUCCUCCACCGCCCCCUCCACCACCACCACCACCUCUGCCAGACCCUACGCCCCCAGAGCCAGAGGAGGAGAUCCUGGGGUCAGACGAUGAGGAGCAAGAGGACCCUGCCGACUAUUGCAAAGGUGGCUAUCAUCCAGUGAAAAUUGGAGACCUCUUCAAUGGCCGAUAUCAUGUUAUUAGGAAGCUAGGAUGGGGACACUUCUCUACUGUUUGGCUGUGCUGGGAUAUGCAGGGAAAAAGAUUUGUUGCAAUGAAAGUUGUAAAAAGUGCCCAGCAUUAUACGGAGACAGCCUUGGAUGAAAUAAAAUUGCUCAAAUGUGUUCGAGAAAGUGAUCCCAGUGACCCAAAUAAAGACAUGGUAGUGCAGCUAAUCGAUGACUUCAAGAUUUCAGGCAUGAAUGGAAUACAUGUCUGCAUGGUCUUUGAAGUUCUUGGCCACCAUCUUCUCAAGUGGAUCAUAAAAUCCAACUAUCAAGGCCUCCCAGUUCGUUGUGUGAAGAGCAUCAUUCGACAGGGAGCAGUAUGUGUAUGUCAAGCAUACAUUUCUUUUGGUGUAUGGAUCUUUUUUCAGGUCCUUCAGGGGUUAGAUUAUCUACACAGUAAGUGCAAGAUCAUUCAUACUGACAUAAAGCCGGAAAACAUUUUGAUGUGUGUGGACGAUGCAUAUGUGAGAAGAAUGGCAGCCGAGGCCACUGAGUGGCAGAAAGCAGGUGCUCCUCCUCCUUCAGGGUCUGCAGUGAGUACUGCUCCACAGCAAAAACCCGUAGGAAAAAUAUCUAAAAACAAAAAGAAAAAACUGAAAAAGAAGCAGAAAAGGCAGGCUGAGUUACUGGAAAAGCGCCUGCAGGAAAUAGAAGAAUUGGAGCGAGAAGCUGAAAGGAAAAUAAUAGAAGAAAACGUCACAUCAGCUGUACCUUCCAAUGAGCAAGAUGAUGAAUACCCCCCAGAGGUGAAACUAAAAACAGCAGGAUUAGAGGAGUCAGCUGAGGGAGAGACUGCAAAUGACAACGGUGAAGCUGAGGACCAGGAGGAGAAAGAAGAUACUGAGAAGGAAAACACUGAGAAAGAUGAAGACGACGUUGAACAGGAGCUCGCAAACAUAGACCCUACUUGGAUAGAAUCACCCAAAACCAAUGGCCAUGUUGAGAAUGGCCCCUUCCUACUGGAACAGCAGCUGGAUGAUGAGGACGAUGAGGAGGAGGAUUGCCCAAAUCCCGAGGAGUAUAAUCUCGAUGAGCCACAUGUGGAAAGCGAUUACACAUACAGCAGCUCCUACGAACAAUUCAAUGGUGAAUUGCCAAAUGGACGACACAAAAUUCCUGAGUCACAGUUUCCAGAGUUUUCCACAUCAUUGUUCUCUGGGCCUUUAGAACCUGUGGCUUGUGGCUCUGCACUUUCUGACGGGUCCCCGCUUACCGAGCAUGAGGAAAGCAGUCCAUCCCAUGACAGAAGCAGGACAGUUUCAGCCUCCAGCACUGGGGAUUUGCCAAAAACAAAAACUCGGGCCGCCGACCUGUUGGUGAAUCCCCUGGACCCGCGGAAUGCAGAUAAAAUUAGAGUUAAAAUUGCCGACCUGGGAAAUGCUUGUUGGGUGCAUAAACACUUCACAGAAGACAUCCAGACGCGUCAGUAUAGAUCCAUAGAGGUUUUAAUAGGAGCAGGUUACAGCACACCUGCUGACAUUUGGAGUACGGCAUGUAUGGCAUUUGAGCUGGCAACGGGAGACUAUUUGUUUGAACCGCAUUCUGGGGAAGACUAUUCCAGAGAUGAAGACCACAUAGCCCACAUCAUAGAGCUGCUAGGCAGUAUCCCAAGGCACUUUGCUCUAUCUGGAAAAUAUUCUCGGGAAUUCUUCAAUCGCAGAGAUCACAUAGCAUUGAUCAUUGAACUGCUGGGGAAAAUCCCUCGAAAAUACGCUAUGUUGGGGAAAUAUUCCAAGGAGUUUUUCACCAGAAAAGGAGAACUGCGGCACAUCACCAAGCUGAAGCCCUGGAGCCUCUUUGAUGUACUUGUGGAAAAGUAUGGUUGGCCCCAUGAAGAUGCUGCACAGUUUACAGAUUUCCUGAUCCCGAUGUUAGAAAUGGUUCCAGAAAAACGAGCCUCAGCUGGCGAAUGCCUUCGACAUCCUUGGUUGAAUUCUUAGCAGAUUCUGCAUACACGCAUUCUGAGCUGGCACGUGUUGUCCAGCACAUUGGCCCUAAAGGGGGACUCUCGUUCUUAACAGGAUUACAAGUGAGCUGGCUUCAUCCUCAGACCUUUAUUUUGCUUUGAGGUACUGUCGUUUGACAUUUUGCUUUUUGUGCACUGUGAUCCUGGGAAAGGGCAGUCUUUUGUCUUCAGCUUAGUAGUUUACUGACCCACUUUUCUUCCGGAAACAAUAACAUGUCUCUAAGCAUUGUUUCUUGUGUCAUGUGACAUUCAAAUGUCAAUUUUUUUGAACGAAAAAUACUUUCCUCCUUGUGUUUUGGCAGGUUUUGUAACUAUUUAUGAAGAAAUAUUUUAGCUGAGUACUAUAUAAUUUACAAUCUUAAGAAAUUAUCAAGUUGGAACCAAGAAAUAGCAAGGCAAUGUACAAUUUGAUCUUCUGGCAAAGGGACAUCAUUCCUGUAUUAUAGUGUAUGUAAAUGCACCCUGUAAAUGUUAAUUUCCAUUAAAUAUGGGAUGGGGACUCAAAUUUCAGAAAAGCUACCCAGUCUUGAGUGCUUUGUAGCCUAAGUUGCAUGUAAUGGACUUAAACUGCUCCAAGGAGUUGUGCAGACUUUUCAUUCCAUGACAGUCCUUUUGCAUUGGAUUUUAAACAACUGGCUCUGGGUUAUAUCAUUCCCUGUAUGGCACUUUAAAGAAAGAAAAGACAUGCUUCUCGUUCUAAAAUACGUAUUAUAGUUUAGCACUCCCAUUCGUAUUUUUGCAUAUUUUUAAUUAAAAGUACUUUUAAGGAAAAAGAACAAUUUCCCUUUAAAAAUGUGGUGGCCUGGUACCAUGUGGUGUUGCCUCCUCCAAGCACUGUAAGUUAAACUCUACAAAGAUUAAAUUGAACAAGAGAAACAUGUUCCGUGUGUGGAAUGAAAAAAUAUACAUAUAUUUUUUGGAAGAGCUUGCUCGUGUUUGUCUAGAACCAAGGUAUGGUAUGUACAAUUUGCAGUGUAGUGGGCAGAAUACUGACAUCUCAGAGGUAACAGGGAUUGCAUUCAUUCCAGAGACAGCUUUGUGUGUGGCUACAGCACAUUUUACUGGCUUUUUCAUUGUCUUUCCAUGCAUUGAAGUUGAGAAAUGAUCUUCCCUUUGCAGGUUGCACACAAUUUUGUUUAUGCGUUUCCUUAAAAUUGUAGAGUUCAGAACACAAACCAUAGUAGGCAAUACAAUUUUAGAAUGUAAUAUAUAGAGGUGCAUUUAGCCUCUUUUAGAAUUAAGUGGAUUGAAUGUUUUUUUUAAUUUUACAUUCCUCAAGGUGCCUCGUUUUUCUUGACUUUGUCCAUUAACAUUUAUCCAUAUGCCUUUGCAAUAACUAGAUUGUGAAAAGAUAACAAGUGUUGUAACAAUAAUCCAUUGUUUGAGGUGCUUGCAGUUGUCUUAAAAAUUAAAGUGUUUUGGUUUUUUUUUCCAGACAUUGCCUUGGUCAUUGGCCUAUACUUGAAGCGAUAGAAUCAACAAACAUUUGCUAUCCUUUUAAUGUAGUGUAACCAGAACUGAAGGAAAUAUCAACAUUCCUGUUGCAGGAAAUGUAGUUGUAGAACAUGCAUUAAGGCUUAAUGUGAGGAAAACAUUCGUUGUUUUGUAAGGGUAGGAUAUGGAUCUAGAGAAGAUGCUGUAGUAUAGAUUCAUUACCUAGAAUUUCUGUGAUCCUUUUACAUUCAUGUCUCAUCAGAAACAUACUAAUUACAUUUUGUUUGAGUAUUGUCAGUUUUCUUUCUUUCUUUUUUUAACAGUAUUCACUGUGAGGGAACGAGACACUAAUCCUCUGAGGAGUUAGCAUUAGAUCAUAUCGCUGUGAGGUGGAAGAUCACGAAAUGUGCGUGCUGAGUUUUUCUAAUGAGGCUGUAGGUUUACCUUGUAGGUUCUGUGAAAGA